AUGUCAGGAGACAACCAACAACCUCCUCUCUGGGUUUCUCCCGACGUGGGUAAACAUCCCAUCGACGAUUACCGCCGACAUGUAAAUAAGAAAUUCGGGCUCAGCCUUGAAAAUUCUCACCAUCUCCACCAGUGGAGCGUCACGAAGCCCCAUGAUUUCUGGAUUGAUUUAUACAAGUACGUCGGGAUAGUGCCGCCGCUUCCACCGCAUAUCACCCGCGCAUACAAUGAUUCCGUGAAACUCAGUGAUGUUCCCCGAUUCUUUGAAGGCGUGGAGCUUAACUACACGGAAAAUGUGCUGGAAGGCAAAGACCCCGAUGCCAUUGCGCUUAUUGGACUGAGAGAGUUCGACUUCUUGCACGGCGAAAAUGUGACCUGGAGAGAGCUGAGAGAAAGAGUUAGACGGGUCAGGAGUGCGUUGAUUCGAAACGGGUUGAAGCAGGGCGAUCGGGUGGCUGCCAUUAUGUCUACAUCGGUUUGGGCGAUUGUGAUUUUGCUCGCGUCCGCGUCCAUGGGGGCGAUAUUCUCGUCGAUAUCGCCUGAUAUGGGUGAGGCGGGUUGCGUAACAAGACUCCAACAGAUUGAGCCUGCUAUAUUGUUCGCGGACAGUGACAUGUCUUACAAGGGUAAGACCACAUCUCUUGACAAAAAGAUCACGUCUGUUGUGAAAAAGCUGCCCCAGACCAUGAAGGUCUUCGUCAUUCCGAUCACUAGUCAGAGCACCACUUCCUUCCCGCUGGUGAAUGAAUUCCUUGCGAAAGCUCGAAGCUCGGACCACCUAGAAUACAAGCGUGUUCCGUUCUCAUACCCUGUAUACAUCCUUUAUUCAAGUGGAACAACAGGCCAGCCGAAAUGUUUGGUGCAUCAGCAUGGUGUCGUUAUCCAACUUAAGAAGGUUGGGUUGCUGCACUAUUCCCUCGGACCAAAAGAAGUUGUAUUUCAGUAUUCGAGCACCUCAUGGGUACUUUUUAACAUCAUGAAUGGCCAUCUCUCGGUUGGCGCAACAGUAAUCGCUUAUGAUGGCUCCCCAUUAUGGCCUGAUGCAACAACUAUGCUCAAGAUUAUUGAGAAAUUCAGGGUAACGUAUUUUGGCACGUCUCCACGCUACCUUUUGGAGCUGGAGGCCUCAAAGAUCGUUCCACGCGAUGAAUAUGACCUCAGUUCUCUGCGAUUAGUAACGACUACCGGAGCGACGCUGACUGCGGAUCAGUUCAGAUGGUUUUAUCAAGCAUUCCCCCAGAUCCACCUAAGCAGUGUCGCUGGGGGAACAGAUAUUGUCACCUCAUGGAUAUCGUGUGACCCUUCAAGUCCAGUAUACGCGGGAGAGAUGCAGAUGAUCGCCCUUGGCAUGAACGUAUAUGUUGCGGAUGCCAAUAGCGGAGAGGAUAUUACAAGAACUGGGAAAUCAGGAGAAUUGGUCUGCCCGACUCCUUUCCCAUCAAUGCCCGUCUUCCUCUGGGGAGAUAAGAAUAAUAAGAAAUACAAAUCUUCAUACUUUGAAAGAUUUGAUAAUAUUUGCGUCUGGGCCCAGCAUGACUGGAUCAGCGUGAACCCAGCCACCCAGGGUAUAACAAUGCACGGCAGAAGUGACGGCGUCCUGAAUCCCUCGGGGAUCCGUUUUGGCAGCUCCGAAAUCUACAACAUCUCUGAAGGGCCUGCAUUCAACUCCGAGAUUCAAGACACCCUUUGUGUUGGUCGGCGCCGAAAACAAGACAAAGACGAAAUUGUCUUCCUUUUCGUCAAAAUGCGCUCCAAUCAGCCUUUCACCACUGGCUUGGAGCAGCGCCUUCGUUCCGCGAUACGAACGGGGUUAUCACCGAGACAUGUGCCGAAAUUCAUCCUUGAAGUGCCUGAGAUUCCCGUGACGAUUAAUGGGAAGAAAGUUGAGACACCUGUGAAGAGGAUAAUAAGUGGGGACCAGGUGCAGGUAAGUUCAACAGUUGCAAAUCCAAUGUCGUUGGAAUUUUUUGAGCAGUUUUCAAAGUUGGAAAUCCAGUCAAGGGCAAAACUAUAG